AUGGCGGCUCCCAUGGAAGUGGCCGUGUGUACGGACUCGGCGGCCCAGCUGUGGAGCUGCAUCGUGUGGGAGCUGCAUUCGGGCGCCAAUUUGCUCACGUACCGCGGCGGCCAGGCCGGACCCCGCGGCCUGGCGCUGCUCAAUGGCGAGUACCUGCUGGCGGCGCAGCUGGGCAAGAACUACAUCAGCGCCUGGGAGCUGCAGCGGAAGGACCAGCUCCAGCAGAAGAUCAUGUGUCCUGGACCUGUCACCUGUCUGACCACAUCGCCCAAUGGCCUGUAUGUCCUGGCGGGGAUUGCAGAGAGCAUAUACCUGUGGGAGCUGUGGGAGGUCUCGUCGGGCGAGCUCCUGCUCUCUGUGCUGUUCGACGUGGCCAUCGUGGCCGUGACCAUGGACCUGGCCGAGCACCACCUGUUCUGUGGCGGCAGCGACGGUUCCAUCUUCCAGGUCGACCUUUGCACCUGGGUGAGUGGACAGGCUCUCGGCUUGGGGUCACCUGUGCCGCCCUCUGUGGGACUCAUCGUCCCCAGGAACCAGGUGACCUGCCUGUCCGUGUCUACUGAUGGCAGCGUACUGCUCUCCGGCUCCCACGAUGAGACCGUGCGCCUGUGGGACGUCCAGAGCAAGCAGUGCAUCAGGACAGUGACCCUCAAAGGCCCUGUGACCAACGCCUCCAUCAUGCUGGCGCCGCUCAGCAUGCUGAGCUCGGACUUCAGGCCGGGCCUGCCCCUGCCCCACUUCAACAAGCACCUGCUGGGCGCCGAGCACGGGGAUGAGCCCCACCGAGGGGGCUUCACGCUGCGCCUGGGCCUCCACCAGCAGGGCUCGGAGCCCAGCCACCUGGAGCGGGCAGAGCAGCUGCACGCGGUGAUGAGCGGCACGAUGGAGAAGAGCGUCCUGGGCGGCCAGGACCAGCUGCGGAUCCGUGUGGCCGAGCUGGAGGACGAGGUGCGGAACCUGCGGAAGGUCAACCGCGACCUGUUCGACUUCUCCACGCGCAUCAUCACGCGGCCGGCCAAGAGAUGCACGUCGGGGCGCAAAGAGGUAUCUGCACACCCACGUUCACAGCAGCACGGUCCUUAG